AUGGCACGAAAAGAGCCUUACGUAUCAUUUAAAAACUUUGAUGCUAAAAAUUUUGAAACUCCUCCCUACGCUCCAAAUGACCACUUACUCUACAGCAACCGGUCCCAGAUAAACUCUACUUUGAAAGCUUGUGAAGAUGCGUUGCAUGACGCAGAAACAGCCUGCAAACUCCAGCCGUACUGGUUGAAAGGUCACCUAAGGAAAGGACAAGCAUUAGCUAAUCUGGGGAAAACAGAAGAAGCUUUAAGAGAAUUUCUCUUCUGCCUUGCUCUAGAUACGGGGAACAAGACAGCCAAGUCUGAGGCACAAAAGCUUCUACUUAGUUUGUUUUCACUCAUCCCGGGAAAUGCUCAGGAACACUUACCCGAUAUCCUGCAGCUGUUGUCACAUCACUCUAGAUUAAAGGGGAAUCUCCUAAAUUCAGUGGGAUCUGGAGGCACCAGCCAUAACCUACAGAGGUUGCUCAAGGUAAAUGUGGAACAGAAAAAGGGUUUUCCCAUUCAAGAGGAACCAAACGUAACUACUGCUGGUAGUUUGAGGAAAUCUAUACAAAUUACAGAGAUCAAAAAGGACUGCUCAGAGGAAGAGAACAAACUCACCUCCGUGCCAGAGUCUGCCUUCCUCCUUUCUGAGAAGUGCAGCCUCCUGAAAAGGAAGUGCUGCUCAGAGGAGAUGCGAAAUGCAGAGGUACCCUGCAAGCUGAUGAAGAAAGAUACAGUUGAUACUAAGGGAAAUAGUACUGGACAACAUAUUCCAUUUGAAUUUGUGGAUCCAUCAGAUUUGGACUGUUCCCUGUGUAUGAGGCUCUUCUAUGAACCUGUCACUACACCCUGUGGACACACCUUCUGUCUGAAAUGUCUUGAGAGAUGCCUGGAUCACAACCCAAAAUGUCCCCUGUGCAAGGAAGGGCUCUCAGAGUGCUUGGCUAUGAGGAAAUACUGUAAAACAGUACUAAUGGAGGAGUUAAUAGCAAGAUAUCUUCCAGAGGAACUCACUGAAAGAAGAAAGAUUUAUGAAGAGGAAAUAGCAGAGCUUUCCAACCUAAAUAAGAAUGUUCCUAUAUUUGUCUGCACAAUGGCUUAUCCUACAGUCCCAUGCCCUUUGCACAUCUUUGAGCCAUGUUACCGCCUGAUGAUUCGAAGGUGCAUGGAGACUGGCACCAAACAAUUUGGGAUGUGCAUCAGUGACCCUGUAAAGGGGUUUGCAGAUUAUGGCUGCAUUCUGGAGAUAAGAAAUGUUGAAUUCUUUGCUGAUGGCCGCUCUGUUGUAGAUAGCAUUGGCAAGAGGAGAUUUAAGGUGAUACAGCACAGCCAGCGUGAUGGCUAUAAUACAGCGGAUAUCGAGUACAUUGAGGAUCAAAAGGUGCAAGGACAGGAGUAUGCUGCAUUACUUGUUCUCCAUGAUUCUGUCUAUGAUCAGGCAUAUAUGUGGUUUAACUCCCUCAAGCAAGCACUCAAAAGUCGAAUUCUCAGUCAUUUUGGUCCAAUGCCAGCUAAGGAUCCUGACCCACAGUCUAAUCCUAACGGGCCAGCCUGGUGCUGGUGGGUCCUGGCUGUCCUUCCACUUGAGAACAGAGCUCAGCUCCCUUUCCUUGCCAUGAAAUCCCUCAAAGACCGCUUGAAUGGCAUCAGACGUGUCCUUACAUUCAUGUCUCGUACAAGAUCACGGUGAUGGUGAGGAGAGCUGUGAAGUCUCCCACAGUACUUGACUGUAGACUGUCUCUUGUAACUUCAUCUAACUGCAAUAAUGUCUUACAGAUUUGAGUGUCAGGAUGUUUCAAGCCUGAAUUUCAAAGAAAAUGAGUUAUUAAGAGCAAGGGAUGUUUAUGGAUACUUUAAUAGUUUCCAUUUGAAACUCUGAGAUGAUUAUUCAAUCACUGCACUGCUAAAUUAAUAACAAAUGUGAUAGAACAAAAAGUGAUCUUGUUUGCCAUAAACCUUUUAAAAAGCUUAA